CUGGCGGAUGGGAUACAUGAGCUGGAAGCUAUGGCAGGUCCAAGUAGGAAGCAGAUGUUAAGGUUUCUCGGCCAACUUGGGGCGUUUAUUCUGACCCGGUUCGGAUUCUGGAACUGCUUCAGUAUGCUGAUGCUGUUCGCUGAAAGAGCGGACUCAAAGAGAAAACCGGACAUCCAUGUACCAUACCUAUAUAUUGACAUGGGAGCAGCCGUCCUCUGCGCUAGUUUUAUGUCAUUUGGAGUGAAGAGGAGGUGGUUUGCUCUGGGUGCCACCAUGCAGCUGGCCAUCAGCACUUACGCAUCCUACAUCGGAGAGCAGGUGCAUUAUGGGGACUGGCUAAAGGUCCGGAUGUACUCCAGGGCGCUAGCCGUCAUCGGGGGCUUCCUGGUCCUGGCCAGUGGAGCGGGGGAAGUCUACAGGCAGAAGGCUCGCAGCAGAUCGCUGCAGUCCACUGGCCAGGUCUUUUUGGGAAUCUAUCUCAUCUGUAUGGUGUACUCGCUGCGGCACAGUAACGAGGACAGACAGGCCUACCUGAACCACAUCGCAGGGGGAGAGCUCACUCUGAUGCUCAUAGAGGUGCUGUUUGGCGUUCUAGCUCUGGCCUUCCUCACUGGGUACUACAUCCGGAUGGCCGCUCAAAUCCUGGCCACCAUCCUUCCUCUGGUCAUCCUGCUCAUCGACGGAAACCUCGGAUACUGGCACAACAACCGCAAGGUGGAGUUCUGGAACCAGAUGAAGCUAAUCGGCCACAAUGUUGGGAUUUUCGGUGCUGUGCUCAUCUUGGCCACUGAUGGGUAGAAGUCUCUGGCUUUUAAAGACAGUUUUUGCAAAUGGGGGUGACUGUGCAGAAUGAGAUUGUUGUGGCUGGAUUGUGCCGAAGCCGCUGCCUGCCUCAGGAUUUAAAGCACUCAGCUCGGAGAGCUCAGACGGUUCAUCAUUAGCUACCAGAUGGCAGCUUUCCUUCUACAAGAAAAACACGUUUCCUUUACACUUUUUAAAUAGCAAAUGGUUUUAUUCAUUUGGUUUCUUGUUUACAUUUUGUUAUGCGCUGAAACUUUACAACAUGAGUGAGUAUUAUGCAUUUGCAUUAUACUCCCCUGGCGAAAUCUUGAAAAUCACAAUUCAUGUUUCAAAAUUUCCAAGUAAAUGAAAACUGUUCUAUAAUGGUAUGUUGCUUUUAAGAUGUACAAAAUGUUUUUCAAUAAAUUUAAAGAACACAAGAAUAUCAACCGAAAAAUAUUGUGUACAUCAUUCAUAUGUAGUGAUAAUAUUAUCUGCUGCUUUACUGUGUUGGACAGAUUAACUGCAACCAAAAAAUACAAGCAUUUGUUACAAAAAUGCACCAUAUUUUCUUUGUUCUUUGAUCUGUCAGUUGAGAUUGUUCUUUUUAUUGUAAAGAUUAUAAGGCAUAAAAAUAGAAAUUAAUUUUGUAGAUUCUUUAAUAAAAGGUGUUGGCUUUGAGUCCAAUAGAAACUGAAGGAUGAAAAAGUUUCUCCCAACUUCUGCAUCAAGAAAACAGUCCUACUCGAUGCAAUAAAAGGCGGGAAACGAUGGGAUUUCUUGGUUCUGAUACUUUCAAUAAAUAGAGAAAAAAUUCCAGUAUCUCAGUAUUUGACCUGUGAAUGUCAAGGAGUUGGUCAAGCUGAAAAUUGGUUGUUAGACUUUCUUAAUUUAUUGUAUUUUGCAUUUUUUAUGGCUUAUGAUAGAAAUAAAUUCCC